AUGUCAACUGAGGAGGCGAAGAGGCUUUCAAAAGUUCGGAAUAUUGGUAUAGCGGCGCAUAUCGAUUCAGGCAAAACGACAGCGACAGAACGUGUACUCUUUUACACUGGCCGAAUAAAACAGAUUCACGAAGUUAGAGGAAAAGAUGCAGUUGGAGCAAAGAUGGACUCUAUGGAUCUUGAAAGAGAGAAGGGCAUUACCAUCCAGUCUGCUGCCACCUUCUGUGACUGGGUCAAAGAUGGUGAGAAAUACCACAUCAAUUUGAUCGAUACACCUGGACAUAUCGAUUUUACCAUCGAGGUUGAAAGAGCCUUACGAGUGUUGGAUGGAGCUGUGAUGAUUCUCUGUGCUGUGUCUGGUGUGCAGUCCCAAACAAUUACGGUCGAUCGCCAGAUGCGCAGAUACAAUGUUCCUAGGAUAACCUUCAUAAACAAGAUGGACAGAAUGGGUGCCAAUCCUUUCAAAGCGGUCGAUCAGAUCAAUUCGAAAUUGAAACUUCAUGCUGCUGCUGUACAAUACCCUAUUGGUUCUGAGGAUAAUUUCAGAGGACUGGUCGACCUAAUUACUAUGGAAACGAUCUACGCCGAAGGAGAAAGCGGUGAAAUAAUAACAAGAACAAAAGAAAUCCCAGCCGAUAUCAAAGACCUUGCUGUCGAACGUCGGACUAGACUGAUCGAGACUCUGGCUGAUGUUGAUGAUGAGAUGGCUGAAAUCUUCCUCGAUGAAAGAGAUCCAACUCCUGAAGAGCUCAAAGCCGCUGUACGACGAGCAACAUUAUCCCUCAAGUUCACGCCUGUCUUUAUUGGCUCGGCACUUGCCAAUAAGUUCGUCCAACCCAUGCUCGAUGGUGUUUGCGACUAUCUACCCAAUCCAUCCGAGGUCGCAAAUACUGCUCUGGAUCGUCGACAGAAAGAGGCUCCUGUCAAGCUCAUACCAUACAACUCCUUACCCUUUGUAGGCUUGGCCUUCAAAUUGGAAGAGUCAAACUUUGGUCAAUUGACAUAUAUCCGUGUCUAUCAAGGUGCUUUGAAGAAGGGUAUGAAUAUCUUCAAUGCUCGCAACGACAAGAGAGUCAAAGUGCCACGAUUGGUACGAAUGCAUUCUGAUGAGAUGGAGGAAAUCCCAGAGAUUGGUGCGGGAGAAAUUUGUGCUGUCUUCGGUGUUGAUUGUGCUUCUGGAGACACUUUCACAGACGGAUCGUUAGGUUACAGCAUGACUUCCAUGUUCGUGCCAGAACCUGUCAUCUCGCUUUCUAUCAAGCCAAAGAACAACAAGGAUCUGUCGAAUUUCUCCAAAGCCAUUGCUCGGUUUCAGCGCGAGGAUCCGACUUUCAGAGUUCAUUUCGACGCUGAGUCGGAGCAGACUAUUAUCUCUGGUAUGGGCGAACUACAUCUCGAAGUCUAUGUGGAACGCAUGCGCAGAGAAUACAAAGUCGACUGCGAGACUGGACAGCCUCAAGUAGCGUACAGGGAAACUGUUACACAGAAGGUUGAGUUUGACCAUAUUCUCAAGAAACAGACUGGUGGUGCUGGUGAUUAUGCUCGUGUCGCUGGAUGGAUGGAACCUUACACUUCUCUGGGUGAGAACAAGUUCGAAGAACAAGUUGUUGGAGGUGCCAUCGACGAAAAAUUCCUGUUCGCCUGUGAAAAGGGCUUCUACGCAGCUUGCGAAAAGGGUCCUCUUAUCGGCCACAAAGUACUCGGCACAACCAUGGUCAUCGACGAUGGUGCUACCCACAUGACUGAUUCGUCUGAAAUGGCUUUCAAACGUGCAACACAAGAGGCAUUCAGGAAGGCUUUCGCUCAAGCUAACCCAGUCGUCUUGGAGCCACUUAUGAAGACAGUCGUUUCAGCACCGUCAGAAUUUCAGGGUAAUGUCAUUGGUCUGUUGCAGAAGCGUAAUGCUGUCAUCAACGACUCAGAGGUUGGCGUAGACGACUUCACAUGCCAUGCUACCACGCCACUCAAUGGCAUGUUCGGCUUCAGCGGUACCCUAAGAGCAGCGACUCAAGGUAAGGGCGAGUUUAGCAUGGAGUUCAGCCAUUACGAGCGAGCGCCUGGACAGCUACAGAAAGAGCUGAUGGCGAAGUACCAAAAGGCUCAGGCCGAGAGGAACAAGAAAUAG